UAAAUGAGUCACUUUUGCAUUCCUCUCAUUAGCCUCUGAACAGAUGUCAGAGAGGAAAGAUGGGCUGUCUCUGGACCCAGCCGCUGCUGCCAAGCUCUCGCGAGCGUUGUCAGUAACAGUUGCUUGUAAUGUCAGUACGGUCCAAUUCACAGCAAGAGCAGCAGCUGCGUUCUGCAUCUCCCUGAAGUCUUACAUGACUGCCACUGCUUACAAACUUUAUCAUCUUUGCCGCAGUGAGUAGGAAAUCGGUAUGCAGAACAAGGGUACAAACAGAUGUAUCCAAUUACUCUUGAGAUUUCUUCUGCUGUGGGUGUUUAUCGGGAAGACAUGUUGUGAAGAAGAUAUCAUCAUUACGACAAAGAAUGGAAAAAUUCGAGGGAUUAGUUUACAGGUUCUUGGUGGCACAGUGUCAGCGUUUCUUGGAAUUCCCUAUGCACAACCACCCCUUGGUAGUCUUCGGUUCAAAAAGCCACAAUAUUUUCCCAAGUGGUCUGAUAUCUGGAAUGCCACAAAAUAUGCAAAUUCCUGUUAUCAGAACAUAGAUCAAAGCUUCCCAGGCUUCCGUGGAUCAGAGAUGUGGAAUCCAAACACAGACCUCAGUGAAGAUUGUCUGUACCUGAAUGUGUGGGUUCCAAUGCCUAAGCCAAAAAAUGCUUCUGUAAUGAUAUGGAUUUAUGGGGGUGGUUUUCAAACUGGAACAGCAUCAUUGAAUGUUUAUGACGGCAAGUUUCUGGCUCGGGUUGAGAGAGUUAUUGUAGUUUCAAUGAACUACAGAGUGGGUGCUCUGGGAUUCUUAGCUUUACCGGGAAAUACUGAAGCUCCAGGAAACAUGGGCUUAUUUGAUCAACAACUGGCACUUCAGUGGGUCCAACAAAAUAUAGCGGCUUUUGGUGGAAAUCCUAGAAGCGUAACUCUUUUCGGGGAAAGUGCAGGGGCAGGUUCAGUCAGCCUUCAUUUGCUCUCUCCUGGAAGUCACCCUUUGUUUACCAGAGCUAUUCUGCAAAGUGGAUCUUCUAAUGCCCCAUGGGCAGUAAUACCUCUGAAUGAAGCUAAAAACAGAACUUUGACCUUGGCUAAAUUUGCUGGUUGUUUUAGAGAAAAUGAGACUGCAAUAAUCAAAUGCCUUAGAAAUAAAGACCCCCGGGAAAUUCUUUUAAAUGAAAUAUUUGUUGUCCCCUAUGAUACUCUCUUGUCAGUAAACUUUGGACCUACUCUUGAUGGUGACUUCCUCACUGACAUGCCGAAUACGCUACUCCAACUUGGACAACUGAAAAAAACUCAGAUCUUGGUUGGUGUUAAUAAAGAUGAAGGGACAGCAUUUUUAGUAUAUGGUGCUCCUGGGGUCAGCAAAGAUAAUAACAGUAUAAUAACUAGAAAAGAAUUUGAGAAAGGUUUAAAGAUGCUAUUUCCAAAAGUGGAUGAAUUAGGAAAGGAAUCCAUUCUUUUCCAUUACAUAGACUGGUUAGAUGAUCAGAGACCCGAGAACUACCGGGAAGCCCUGGAUGAUGUUUUGGGGGAUUAUAACUUCAUUUGCCCUGCUUUGGAGUUCACCGAAAAGUUUUCUGAAUUAGGAAAUGAUGCCUUUUUCUACUACUUUGAUCACCGAUCCUCCAAAAUCCCUUGGCCAGAAUGGAUGGGAGUGAUGCAUGGUUAUGAAAUUGAAUUUGUGUUUGGCUUACCUCUGGAGAGAAGAGCUAAUUAUACAAGAGCUGAGGAACUAUUGAGUAGGCUCAUGAUGAAGCACUGGGCAAAUUUUGCAAGAUAUGGAAAUCCUGAUGGGAUCCAGAACAGUAGUACAAGAUGGCCUGUCUUUAAAAGCACUGACCAAAAAUAUUUAACUUUAAGUAAAGAGUCACCAAGAGUAAACACAAAACUACGUGCUCAACAAUGUCGAUUUUGGAAAUUGUUUUUCCCCAAAGUAUUGGAAAUGACAGGAAACAUUGAUCAAGCAGAACGAGAGUGGAAAGCAGGAUUCCAUCGUUGGAACAAUUACAUGGUGGAUUGGGAAAAUCAAUUUAAAGAUUACACUAGUAAAAAGGAAAUAUGUGAAGCUCUCUAACAGUCUUGUCUUUAUAGACUUUUUAGUUUUCUAUAGAUCAAGGUAAAAUAUCAGCAGCUGUCUUAUAUAGCUAAAACAAAAAUGCCAGAAGGAUAAUAUUGCUUCCUCUCAUCUUUCACUUAAUGUUGUACCUGGCACUUCAAAACUGAAUAGCUAGAACAGGUUUAAGUUUUACAAUAAAAAUUUUGUCAAUAAUUGUAUGCACAUUAAAUAAUUUGCAUCUUUGAACUCUCUUCAAUGGAUUAUUUUAAGAUUUUUAUUCCCACUAAAUAUAUCUGUAUUUAUUAUUUGUUGCACUUGUAAUUUUUAUUACCAAGUAUAAAUGGUAUCUUUAAAAUAAAGCUAAUUAAUUCUGCAAAUAUGGAAUACUAAAAUUUACAAGUUUAAUUUAUUAAUAUUGUCAAUAUCUAAUACCAAAGCAAAAAUAAGUUAAUAAUUGGGUUUUGUAUAAAGAAAAGAGAAAAUUUUAAAGGCAGGGUACUUAUAACAGAUUUAUGUUACAAUUUUUUUCUGUUGAAACAGCAUUGCCUUACAGCUUAAAACGUUUACAUAUUUUACAGUUUCAAGGUGCAAUCUCCACUGUUCAUGUCAUUAAAGUGCAAGUAUCAAGGCUGGAGCAAUAGCACUGCGGGAGGGCAUUUGCCUUGCACAUGGCCAACCCGGGUUUGAUUUCCAGCAUCCUAUAUGGUCCUCUGGGCACCGCCAGCAGUAAUUCUUUAGUGCAAACCAAGGAGUAACCCCUGUGCAUCGCCGGGUGUGACCCAAAAGCCAAAUAAAUAAAUAAAUAAUUCAAUAAAGUGCAAGUAUCCCUCCACACACACCAUUAGAUCGUUUUAAGCUUUUCUAUUCCUCAUUCAAAUUUUGAAGAGCCUAAGGGUUUAUUUUCAUUGAUAUUGUGUCUGCAUGUUUUGUUUCUUUAUGAACCAAUUAAUAAGUAAAGUCGUCCAGUUGUCUUUCUCCUUCUGACUUCUGUUGCUUAACAUGAAUUCCUCCAGCUAACCUACGCUCUAACAAAAGGUGUUAUUUCUCCUUUUCUUGUAGCCAAAUAAUAUUCUUAUCUACACAUCUGUUACGGGCACUUGGAUUAUUUCAAGAUGAUGUUAUUGAAAUAGCACUGCAAUAAAGACAUUGUGCAUGGA